UCUUUCGGGUGGCCGGUCAGGCAGCCAAAGGAAAAGGGAACGACGGCACAAAACAGCUGGUUACCGACGGAACUAUACGAAAAGAAGAAUGUUGCGUAUUGUUAGUACCGCAAUUCGAGGAAUUGCUGCACAUACCAAUGUUAAUUUUAUAAAUCCUUUAGUUUUUAAGCAACUUCCAACUGUUGCAAAUACACAACAAAGAUGCUUUGGUGUUUUAUCUUCAAUAACUAAUAAUUGGAAUAAUGUUGCUGACAUUAAACAGAAAGCAAUACUUAGCCAAACACACAUAGGAAGUGUUGUUCCUCCAUCAUUGUCACCUAUGAAAACCCCUGUAAGAACAGUUACAAAGUUUUCUAGACAGAAGGGUAAAAGAAAAACUGUAUCAGCUGUUAUUGACAGAUUUUACAGAUUAAAUUGGGGUAUAUGGAUAAGAACUAUAGCUGGACGAAAGAGCCGUAAAUGGACGAAAAAUACGAAACAGCUUAGGAGAGGAAAGUCACAUGUAUUUUGCAAUGCAACACAAUCUACUUUAUUAGAUAAGAUGGUAACGAUGUAUUGGAAAAGGCCGCAUUAUUAUGUCGAUGAUCCAUACGCACCUUAUCAUACCCGUGAGGAAUUUCCUUACACAAGAAAAUAUCCAGCACCUUGAAUGAAGAUGUAAAUUAUCAAUAAGAAAUCUUCAUAAAAGAUAUGUAUAAUUGCAGAAAAUGUAUGCAUUUGUUCAAUAAAUUGAAAACUUUUCAUGCAGA